CUCUUCCAAAGAUUAUUUUGGUGAAUGGCAAAAAAAUUUUGAUCAAUGUCACGAAGUGAUUUUGACUUAGUCCUUUUAAAAAGUACCCCUCAAAAUCUACGGAAUUCGAAGCGAACUUGCAAAAUGAUACGAAGAGUAAUGGUGAUGAAUGAUCAAGGCAGCCCUCAUCUCGUUGAAUUCUGCGAAUUUCAGAAGCAACAGGAGCUCAUUAGAAGCAUUUACAGAGUUCUAUGCAGUAGAGCUGAGAAUGGGAGUAAUUUCAUUAAGUUUGAUUCGCUAUUUGGCUCGGACUCUAGGCUUGUGUACAAUACUUAUGCGACUCGAUACUUUGUAUUCAUAUUUGAUAGCUCUGACAAUGAGCUUGCAAUGCUAGAUCUUAUGCAAGUUUUUGUAGAGGCAUUGGGCAAGUGUUUCAGUAAGGUAUGUGAGCUAGACAUGGUAUUCAACUUUAACAAGGUUAUUAUUCUUUUCUUUAAAAUUAGAAAAACCCAUAUAAAAAUAAUUACUGAUUUUUUGCGUAGUCAUCCUUACUGCUAUGCAUGCUUAAUAUAUACAAAUCUCAAGAAGCCUUUCAAAUCCUUGUUCUGUAGAAUCAUGAUAGUCGCUGCCCAUGGGUAUAAUUCAUGUUUGAGCUGUUUUGCAGGCGCAUAUUAUUUUGAUGAAUUCAUUUUGGGCGGUCAAGUUCUAGAGAAAUUUUUUUCAGAAGUUGUGAAGACAGUUGAAGAAAUCUCAAUCCAAAUCUCCUAAUUACAGGAUAGAGAAGGAUGGAGAUAGUGCUGAGACUUGCACUAUAAGGUUUCAUGCAGGGCCCCCUUAUGAAGACAUAGCAUUUCGAAUUGUCAACAAAGAAUGGGAGUACUCGCACAAGAAGGGCUUCAAGAGUAAAUUUAAAUUCGGGAUCUUGAAUCUGUAUUUCAACUUUAAACGUUAUCGAUACCGUCGUUGAUACUAUUUUGGCACGGAAAAUGGUAGAGGCCUGGAUAUUGCUAAUUUAUAAUUGUUAUGAGCUUAUUUUAUUGAAGAAUUUACGUGUAUUACUGGAUAUAUAUUUUCGAUGUUGUGGUUGUUACCGGAUAUAGACGUGUAUAGUAUAGCUUUUUCAGGUGAUAUGAACUAUGAAGAAAAACAUCUCAUA